AUGAGUGACCACCCUGAGGCGGACAUCGAUUCCAUCGUUGACAGAUUGCUCGAAGUGCGCGGUCUGAGACCAGGGAAGCAAGUGACGCUUGCUGAACAUGAGAUCCGUUACCUUUGCACCAAGGCCCGGGAAAUCUUCAUCCAACAGCCCAUUCUCCUUGAAUUAGAGGCUCCCAUCAAAAUCUGUGGUGAUAUCCACGGGCAAUACUACGAUCUUUUACGGUUGUUCGAAUACGGGGGCUUCCCGCCCGAGGCCAACUACUUGUUUUUGGGUGACUACGUUGACCGUGGUAAGCAAUCUUUGGAAACUAUCUGCCUUUUGCUUGCCUACAAAAUCAAGUACCCCGAAAACUUCUUCAUCCUUCGAGGCAAUCACGAAUGCGCUUCGAUCAACCGUAUCUAUGGGUUUUACGAUGAGUGCAAGCGUCGUUACAACAUUAAGUUGUGGAAGACGUUUACCGAUUGCUUCAACUGCUUGCCUAUUGCCGCUAUCAUUGACGAAAAGAUCUUCACUAUGCACGGUGGUUUGUCUCCUGACUUGAACUCGAUGGAACAAAUUCGUCGGGUGAUGCGUCCUACCGAUAUUCCCGAUGUGGGUUUGUUGUGUGACUUAUUGUGGUCAGACCCGGAUAAGGAUAUUACUGGCUGGUCAGAAAAUGACCGUGGGGUUUCAUUCACAUUCGGUCCCGAUGUUGUCCUGCGGUUCUUACAAAAACACGACAUGGACUUGAUCUGUCGAGCUCAUCAAGUCGUCGAAGAUGGUUACGAGUUUUUCUCGAAGCGUCAAUUGGUCACACUUUUCUCAGCUCCUAACUACUGUGGUGAAUUUGACAACGCCGGGGCGAUGAUGCUGGUUGACGAACUGUUAUUGUGUUCGUUCCAGAUUUUGAAGCCGGCUGACAAGAAGCCUCGGUAUCCCCCCACAUCGGUGGGAGCCGGUUCCCGCCCGGUGACGGCGGCGAGAAAGCAAAAGCGCCCCGGCAAGUAA